AUGCCAUCUGUCAACGGCAUCAGUUCAAUUUCAUUUGUCACCACAGACCCAGCAGAGCUUGAGGCAGCAUGCAAGUUCUAUACCUCGCUUGGAUUGCGUCUUACUAGAUCCUAUCCCAAAAAUACUUCUGGUUUCUCGUCCUGUCCCGAAUACCAUCUCGGAGUUUCCAGCGAUUCUAUCCAAGAAAUUUGGUUUGAAUCAUUUCCUCUUCAAGAUACCGACAAAAAUGGCUGCUUGAUACCUUGGCAAGAACUUCCAAUUUAUACUGGCGACAAAAGUGCCAAAUUGUCCCAGCUGUUCGUGAUCAAGAUCAGACUCUCGGGGUCACUGCAAAUCACCGCGUGCUCCUCCAAGACCAAUUCACAGACAUUGGGGUUCUUUUCCACGGAUCUCGCCAAAAUUAAGGCCACCAUUGACGUUAAGCAACUCGAUGAUGAUUUAUACUCGGCGAUUGAUCCACUUGGAAACACUCUUGUUUUCAGCAAUGCAGAAAAUCCAUUUUCAAGCCAGCACUAUUCGUCCCCCGAGGAAUUUCUUCGUCAGAAACAGGAGAAAAUUCUAUCCUCUAUGAAGCAAAGCACAUCUUCGCUCGCAGAUGCGCCCGUGGAAGAACUUGUAAAGAAGAAGAAAAUUGCAAUCAUGACUUCGGGUGGUGAUGCUCCUGGAAUGAACCCAGCUGUCCGUGCGGUGGUACGUGCCGGUAUUUACCAUGGAUGUGAUGUUUUUGCUGUGUACGAAGGAUACGAAGGAUUGGUGAAGGGCGGAGAUUUAUUGAAGCAAAUGGAGUGGAACGAUGUGAGAAAUUAUCUUUCUCUUGGUGGUACCAACAUUGGAACCGCCAGAAGUGCUCGUUUCCGUGAAAGAGAAGGUCGGUUGCUCGCUGCCUACAAUAUGAUUCGCAAUGGUAUUGAUGCGUUGGUGGUUUGUGGAGGUGAUGGUUCUCUUACUGGUGCAGACUUGUUCCGGUCCGAAUGGCCGCUGUUGACCCAAGAGCUUAUAGACACCGGCAAAUUGACCAAGAAAGAAGUGGAGCCUUAUAAACAUCUCACAAUUGUGGGAUUAGUGGGUUCCAUUGACAAUGACAUGUCGCAAACCGAUGCUACUAUUGGUGCAUAUUCCUCAUUGGAACGUAUAUCUGAAAUGGUGGAUUAUAUCGAUGCCACAGCGCUGUCACACUCUCGAGCCUUCGUGGUAGAGGUUAUGGGACGACACUGUGGAUGGCUAGGAUUGAUGUCUGGACUUGCAACUGGUGCAGACUUUAUCUUCAUUCCUGAAAGACCACCAAAAGCAGGACAAUGGAAACAAGAAUUGACAGAAACUUGUCACCGUCAUAGACAAAAGGGAAAGCGGAAGACAAUAGUUAUAGUAGCUGAAGGAGCUAUAGACGAUCAGUUGAACCCCAUUAGUUCGGAUGAUGUCAAACAAGUGUUGGUUGAUCUCGGAUUGGACACUAGAACCACGAUAUUGGGCCAUGUUCAAAGAGGAGGUACUGCUGUGGCUUACGAUAGAAUGCUUGCAACAUUACAAGGAGUGGAAGCCAUUAAAGCUGUAUUGGAAGCAUCGCCAGAAAUUCCUUCUCCAAUGAUUGGAAUUGUCGAAAAUAAAAUCGUUCGUCUGCCUUUGAUGGACGCAGUAAAAGCAACAAAAUCCGUUGCUGAAGCCAUCGAGAACAAGGACUUUGAUCGUGCGAUGGAAUUGCGUGAUAGCCACUUUGCUGAUGCCUACGAAAAUUAUUUGAGCACAACUCUUCAUGACGACGGCUCGCAUCUCCUUCCGGAGAAAGAAAGACUCAACAUUGGUAUUAUUCAUGUUGGAGCUCCUUCUGCGGGAUUCAAUUCUGCAACGAGAGCAGCGGCAUUGUACUGUUUGUCUAAGGGACAUCAGCUCUAUGCCAUUCAAAACGGGUUUUCUGGUUUCAUAAAGGAAGGUCUUGCGAAGCGUCUAAGCUGGUUAGAUGUUGAAGGAUGGCAUAAUGAAGGAGGAUCGGAAAUUGGAACAAAUAGGUCUUUACCCAGUGAAGAUUUUGGAACUGUGGCAUACUUCUUUCAAAAAUAUCGUCUCAACGGUUUGAUUAUUAUCGGAGGUUUUGAAGGUUUCACUGCAUUGCAUCAAUUGGACGCUAAGAAGAAAGACUACCCUGUGUUCAACAUUCCCAUGGUGGUUGUUCCCGCUACUGUAUCCAACAACGUUCCAGGAACCGAGUAUUCGCUUGGAAGUGAUACAUGUUUGAACCAGUUGGUGAAAUACUGUGAUGCCGUCAAGCAAUCAGCAUCGUCGUCGCGCAGAAGAGUUUUCGUGGUUGAGGUUCAAGGUGGACAUUCUGGAUUCGUUGCUUCAUACUGUGGCUUGGUAACUGGCUCUAUAGCCACCUACACUCCCGAAUCACAGAUAAACUUGCGUACGCUUCAAGAAGAUAUUCAACUUUUAUUCCAGGUGUUUGAAGAUGAUCGUGGUGAGGACCACAAUGGUAAAAUGAUCAUUCGUAAUGAGCAAGCAUCCUCGGUCUACACUACCGAAUUAAUUGCUGAUAUGAUCAAGGAAGCUGCCAAGGGCCGUUUUGAAACCAGAACUGCCAUCCCUGGUCAUGUUCAACAAGGCUUCGGACCAUCAUCGGUUGAUAGAGUGAAUGCGGUGAGAUUACUGGUUAAGUCUGUUCAAUUCAUCGAGCAGUGGAAUACUCAAUUGCGUCAAGUUGAUGAAGAUAUGGAGCUUGCAAACAUGUACAAGCAAACUGAGGAGCUUUUGAGAGAUCUGAAAUCGUGCAAGUUUUCUGCUAGUGCCGUAGUUAUUGGCAUUCUUGGAGCUGGCAUCGAAUUUACUUGCAUUAGAGAUUUGUUUGAAAAUGAAGCGGACGUUGAAUUACGAAAGGGUCGUUCGGUUCAUUGGGGAGAAAUGGCUAAAGCGGGAGACAUGUUGAGUGGGCGGUCUCUACUUCGAAACAAAAGCAAACGCUAA